UGGACUGCAGAGCCAUUGAAGAAGAAGAAGGAGGAGGAGAAGAAGAAGGAGGAGAAGAAGAAGGAGGAGGAGAAGAAGAAGAAGAAGGAGGAGGAGGAGAAGGAGAAGGAGGAGGAGAAGAAGAAGAAGAAGGAGGAGGAGAAGAAGAAGGAGAAGAAGAAGAAGGAGGAGAAGAAGAAGGAGAAGAAGAAGGAGGAGGAGAAGAAGAAGGAGAAGAAGAAGAAGGAGGAGGAGGAGGAGAAGAAGGAGAAGAAGAAGAAGGAGGAGGAGGAGAAGAAGAAGAAGAAGAAGGAGGAGGAGGAGAAGGAGAAGGAGGAGGAGAAGAAGAAGAAGGAGGGGGAGAAGAAGGAGGAGGAGGAGGAGGAGGAGAAGAAGAAGAAGAAGGAGGAGGAGGAGGAGAAGGAGAAGGAGGGGGAGAAGAAGGAGGAGGGGAAGAAGAAGAAGAAGGAGGAGGAGAAGGAGAAGGAGAAGGAGGAGAAGGAGAAGGAGAAGGAGAAGGAGAAGGAGAAGGAGAAGGAGGAGGAUAUGCGAAAUUCGAUGGGACAGGAGACACUGGCGGACCUUGGCGUUUUCCAGGGAGAAAAAAAAUAUCCCUUAAUAAGAGGUAUGGCAUCGUAUGCAAUAAUUUGGCCAACGUCAAACCUAACCCAACAAGUGAUUUUGGGGAAAGAACAUUUAGAUUACGCGCAAGCUCUUCGAUUUUGUUUGUUUGGGACUUUGUUUGUUGCUCCAACAUUGCACACAUGGCUAAAAAUUGCUAAUGCUAUGUGGCCUGAUAUGACAAUAAAAAAUGCCAUGAAAAAGGCUUGUAUGGAACAGUUCAGUUAUGGGCCUGCAGCAUGUGUAUGUUUCUUUUUUGGAAUGAGCUUGCUAGAGGGAAAGUCUGUUGAAGAAGCUGGACAUGAAGUCUCAACAAAAUUUAUACCAACAUAUAGAGUAGGUUUUUGUGUUUGGCCUGUACUGCAAACCAUUAAUUUUGCCUUCAUACCUGAGAGAAAUCGCGUGCCUUUUGUAAGUAUUUGUAGCUUUUUAUGGUCAUCAUUUUUGGCUUAUAUGAAACAGUUAGAAGCAAAAGAUCUUGGCAAAAUGGAACAUAUAGCCAAGUAAUUCUUAGGAAGUACUAUUUGUGAAAUGAAAUUAGUUAAUUUAUUGUAGGGACCACAGAAUUUCAGAAAAUUUAUGGCAUAGAUACUAGCUGGUCUAUGUGUCUGUGCAAAUAUUUGAUAAUUUUGUAUGCAAUAUUUUUUAAAGUAAAUUUUUUGUACAAAGAGAUGUAAAUUGUCUCUUUAUGUUGUAAACUUGGACCCAAUGUAUAAAAUGUUAUUUCAUGUUGUGUUUUGUAAAGUUGUAAUAGCGUAAAAUUGUAAAUAAAAUGAGUAGUGAUAAAACUUAAUAAAUUGCCACAAAAGUUGCCAAUGAAGCUGGGAUUUAACCACAGCACAAUGUUUUGAACUCCUGUUGUCUUUUCUUUAUAAAACUCUAGAUAUAAUUAAAGUUCUGUGGAUUUUCUAAGAAAUUGAUAUAUUUUGAUAUUUUUUUUGUUGAAUAAAAUGUAUUAUAGGAAGACCUAUGUAAAGUGAAAUCAUAAGUUUCAUUAAACUUAAAUUCUAAAAAAAUUUGUUGAAGUAUGUUUUUGCAUGAAAUUUUCUGUAAAUAACCCCAGUUUAGAGUUGGUUGAAGAUAGAAAAAGAUCACUACAUGAAAUAUGUACUUGAUAUUUUAAAUAAUUCAAUGCCAUCAAGAUAAAUAUUGUAAAGGUUUCCAUGUAGUUGUACGUCAGAACAAAGAUAAUCAUUGUUCCAUAAAAGUUUGUUUUUAAAACCCAAAGUGAUGCACUAGAGAGGUUAAAAGUUAACAGAAGUGCAAGUUGCCUUACAACGUUAAUGGAGGCAAGCUUUUAACAAAAACAUAGUUUGGAAGCACUUCCAAAAGAAGUGAUACUGUUGUUAUCACAAAUAUUAAUGAGCGCACUUUGUUAAAUAGUCAUGAGUUGGAGAGACCUGUCCAAAAAGAAAAAAUACUGAAACAGUUCCAUUAUUGAAUUAUAUAAAUCUAGGAACACUUGGGUCUGUUCAUGUUUCAAUUGAAUAGGAGAGGUUUGUUGACUACUCAGGGGAGAAAAGGCAGAGGCACCUGGUACGGCAAGGCCAGAAGAGGGGGAGGGGGAGAGGAAGAUUGGGUGGGAAAGUGACUUUUAAGAUAUAUUGAUGUGAAUCAACAAUUGAUCAAAUUAUGGGUUACAGCUAAUGUUUCAAGAUGACGUUUUGCCCCGUUUCCACCUGACAAAAGUUACCCUCCUCCCUCCCGAUGUUCUCCCUACCUCUUCUGGCCUUCAUCCUCUGACCAGUCACCUACAGUCCCUUUCAUAAUGGAAACGUUGACGGGAUCAGAUGUUCCUACAUUAAUACUAUUCAAUAAUGAAACUGUUUUAGUAUUUUUAUUUUCUUUUUGUCAUGAAAAUGAGAAUGUACCAAACAGAAGAAUAGUGUGAGGUUUAAAAUUUAAAUAUCCUAAAAAAGAUGUAUAUAAAACAUGUGAUCAAUUAAACAUACAGAUAAAUAUUGUAAAGAGCAUAGGUGAACAAGAAGAAUUGAAGAAACUUUCGAAUAACCAAGAGUUAGGCCAGAGGCGCAACGUAAUUUCUUCUGACCUUGAAAAGACAUUUCCACUUCCAAAAUUAUAAACUAACAUAGCAAUCAACAACUUACAGUAUUUAACUUAUGAAUCUAUGUCUUGGCAAACUAGCAAGCAUAUAUCUACAUUUGGCAUGAGGGUAUAGUUUCUAAAGACUUACAUGAGAGAAGUUCCUGUAUCAUGAAAUAUGUAAAAGAACAUGUGCAAUCAUUGACAAUGUUUGCUUGAUCCGAUGCAUAUGAUGGACAAAAGAGGAAUGUAAAAACUGGUGUAGAUGCAUAUGUUUGCGCAAAGUGAUUGUCCUGUUGAUAAGAUUAUCACGAAUUAUGUAUUUGUGGCCACAUGAUAUAUUUCAGCCAAAGUGAAAACAACAUACCAAAAAAGGAAAAUAUUUAUUGUGUAGUGAGAUCCUGGAAAUUGUUAAGUCUUGCUAUCAAAACAAGCAUACAUUUGAUUUUAUACAAAUGUCAUGACAUUUUUACCACAAAAGCGUUAGAACCUAGGAUCACCAAAUUAAAGAAUGAUUGAAUUUUCGGGAAAUACAGUUUGAGAAAUUGAAUCUGAGAAUAAUGAAAAAUAAAUGCACAUUCCAUUCCUACUAUCAAUUAAAUUUGAAAAAGAUACUCAAGGAUUCACCACCCAAAUUGCAUGAUCCUGUUUUGGGACUCUUGAAUCCCCAUAGGGCAUGUAGUAUUGAAAAGCGAAAGAAAUGGCAACUGUCACUUAUAGAAGUUAGUGCCUCCAAUUCAUCAUUAGGUUUAUGAAAAUAUCACAACAAUUGAAGAUGAUCCAAUAAAGGGUGAUUAUGGAAACCACUUCAAGAACAGUGAUUGUGAAAAAUUUGAAUGAGUUUUCUGGUACAAUUUAAAAAUAAAAUCAAUCUCGCUUUAAGAGAAAAGCAAAAAGUAGUAGUUGCAAAUGAGAAGACACUGUAAUUCUGAAUGUCUUGUUUAUUUUAGUCUGUUCAUAUUAUUGUUUUUCUUGCAAAAAUAAUAUCAGGGAAUAUGUGAAGCAUCAAAAUUAUCAAGAAACUGUAGAAAUGUCCUCCUUCAGAUCUAUAGCACGCAAUCAAGUUUUGUAUGAUAGUACGUCUAAACAUUUUUUAUUUUAUACAGUUUGUGUUGGUUAUAAUCCAGGAUAUUUCAAAAACAUUAAUAAUUUGUGUUCAUUCGUAGAUAAUGUUUCGGUAUUGUUUAUAAAUAAAUUUUGACAUUUGCAAUAUAGUUCCCUUAUGCCUAGAACAUUUUCUCUAUCCAUUCAUGGGGGAAAAAAGAAGUUAAUAUUGAGCAAGAGUGAACUAGGAAACUAAUGCCGUACAGUGUUCAGAAUGAAUUAAAUACUUGCCUAGUUGAAAAUAAAGUGUGACUUCAAUUUAAAAAACUCAAAAAUUAAAGCCAGAUGACUAGUAUUUUAUUUAAUAAAUACUAAUUCUUUCAUGUUCAGUUGUUUCUUAUACACAUUUUACUAAUACUAAAUGAUUAUAAUCAAAAUUUGUCAGUUCACUCUGGUUGGACUCGCACCAUAUUGAGAAUGAUCCAAAGUUUCUAUGCAUAUAAGUAGUAAAUUGAUGUUCAUAUAAAUACAUAUUUUUACAGGAAAAAGGUACCUGCAUCCAAUAAAAUUCUGCAAAGUUUAUAAGAUAUCCUGAAUGAAUUGUAUUUUAUUUUAUUUGUAAUUAUUAAUAGUUUUAUGUUUCUGUAUUCUGACACCAGUCAACAUUGACCUAAUUGUAGAAUAAAGCCUUUACCUAAUUAGAACCAUUUUUGUUUUACAUAUUUUUGUAUAAUUAUGUAUUUUUACAUAUUUUACCUAUUUCUACAUAUCAGAG